CUACAGUAACAGAUGGAUUUAGAGGGAUUACAUGGAUUUGGGAUGGGUCUGUGACACAAAUUCCCAAGAAAGACAGAAAAAGGAGGAGUGUGGCGGGGGACUCACACUCGUCCUGGAGCAUGAGAGAGAGUGGGAAAGGAGGAUAGAGAGAGGAGCAUCCGGCUGGAGAGGUAAGGGUCACAACUGCUCAUUCUGACAAAGGGGUAUUAGAGAGAGGAGUAGUGCAGAGUACUUGGGUUAAACCAGGGAUGACAAAAAUACCAAAAAAUGUGUGCAAAGUUAUUGCUUGGUCAACAUAAAUGUCUCAGCAUGUCGGAGAGGAGUGAGGAAAAAUACGAAGAGGAUAGGAAGGAAAGAUUGUGAUGGAGGAAAAUAAAUGUCAGCAAAAGACGGCAGUAGAAAGAUUGCAUUGUAGUGAUGGAUGUUGUCUCGAGAGAAAAAUAGACUUCUGUUUCUUUUGUAGUGAGGCAACGAUGCAGUUUCGAUUUGGUGCCAAAUUUCAGGCUAAGAAUUAGUAGUUCCUAGAACUGAAUUUACAUGAAUAAGCUGUUAAGAGUUUGACAUGGAGAAAAGAAUGAUGUACUUCCUGAUGUGCUCUAUGGUUGUUUAUGUCUUGUACUGUCCGUUAAAAAAAUAUAUAAAUAUUGCAACUGAAAUGACUGAAAGAGAAUGUUGCUGUUGGUAACUGAGGAUUAUAGGGAAAAUCACAUUGUAUUGGUCGUAUACACAUAUUUAGCAGAUGUUAUUGGUCACAUACACAUGUUUAGCAGAUGUUAUUGGUCGUAUACACAUAUUUAGCAGAUGUUAUUGUGGGUGUAGAGAAAUGCAGGUAUAAUGAAAUGGCACUGGGUUUUUAACAUACAGUAGGUCAUUUUGUGUUUAACAUUUGUUGAUUCAUUGCCCAUUUGUUAUGCCAAUGGAUUUCAGUUUAUUGACUGCUACAGAAUGUGUUGGGUAUUAAACUUGAAUAUAAUGGCCUAUGUAAACAAUACCUGCAAAUCUGAAACGUUUUUCACCGGACAUAGCCGUGGGAAGUAGUUUGGGGGUGUGGGUUUUUGCCCGCGUUACAGGCGGCUAUAUCGGUCCGCUAAUACAGAACUAGUAAAACGAGUACUAUUUUAUUAAACUUUGUUUUUGAUUCUGAUUUUUCAGGGGGUCCUGCAGCACACUCAGCACCCAUACUUCUCACUGAGAAAGUGGUUAAUCUAUCCUGUGUUAACAUUGCAGGGAUCGCAAACAGUGUGAGAGAGAGACCAGGAGAGAGAGCCAGAGUGGGUUUCACACUCUUAACACACCUAACACAAACAGAUUCGAGCAGAUUAACAUGGAUUACCAGAAAAAUGAUUUAGAUCAGAGGCUUAACUAAUGAUUUCAUCAAAAAAAGUAAUCUGUACAUUUUAUUCCCUACAUCUUUUUCCUCCUCUACUUUAAGUCGUGAGGAGGAUGCCGUGAGCGGUAGAGGCAGGCCAGAACCUCUUAAUCAGGAAGUAGAAAGUUAAUAACGGGGUGCAGGUCACAGAACGAUAUGGGUUACUCCAUAACCAUAUGCAAACACACAGUGAACUCUUGGACCUGUACGACCCUGACUAUGACCUGUACGACAUUACUAUGAGUAAGAUAUACUGUAUCUGCCCUAAGAUGUGAACUCUUGGACCUGUACGACCCGUCACCCUGAGCAUUACUAUGAGUAAGAUAUACUGUAUCUGCCCUAAGAUGUGAUCAUACGGAAAACACUUGUACGCCAAAGCAAAAUGUAUUCCAAUAAUAUCUCUACAUUUGAUGAUACGUUUUACGGCUGGAUCUGAUAGUAUCUGUAUCAAGUCUGUAUGAUCAAAACUCACUGUAGGACUAGAGUGAAAAGUUAGGCGACAAAGAUCUAGAUAGCAUAUCCGAUAGCUCUCUAAGGUUUAUGAUGAAAGGCGGCUAGGAGCUAGUGAUCUAUUUACUCCCAUUACUGUUGAAUGGUUAGAGUGAAGAGCCCUAGGGAUCUAUAACAGCAUAAACCUUCAGUCCUGGUUGGACAGACAUGUCCUCCUCCCAUCCCUUUCUUUUCUCCUGGGGUGACCCCUCUCCUUUGUUCAUUUUCCAUUCUGUCCACCUCUUAUUUUCCAUCCCUCUUUUAACUUGACAGAAUCUUAUCGGACUCUCUCUCUUUCCCCUUCUCUCUCUAUUCUUGCUUUCCCUUUGUCCCCAUUUUCUCAUCUGUUCUCUACAUUGUUUUUAUCUUCUCUUGUUUUUUUACUCUGUUCUUUUUGAAACUCUCUUUCACUGAUUUCAAUCUAUCACCAGAACUGUCAUCAUCUUCUUCAUCAUCCUCUACAUCACCAACAACAACUUCAUCCUCACAUACUGCUGUUGAUACUUAUAUCCCAUCUUCCUCCCUUUGUCCAUCUGUCUUUCAUCAUCCUCUUCUUCUCCUUCCCCUGCCCUGAGUCUCUACACACUUCUUCUUCUCCCGCCCUAUCCCUCCUUCUUGACCUUCUCUUACCCUCUCCCCUCCUCCCUGUGUGGCCAUGUUGGAGAACAUGUCUCGUCGGUCCCGCUCCCUGCUGUCCCUGACCCUGACCACUCUGGCUCUGGCCCUGUCCAUCCUGGCUCUCUGCACCUCCUACUGGUGUGAAGGGACUCACAAGGUGGUCAAGCCUCUCUGCCUGUCUCCGGUCAAGAUGAGGAACUGUGGGCAGAACAACAGUGAACCCUACACCACAGAGAGCCCAACUCAGAACCCAUACAACAGAACCCUGUCCCCCCAGAGGAGAGAUGAACUGGCUAAGAUCCGCCAGAGACAGCUGGACAAUGCUGUCCACUACAUCUGGGAGACAGGAGAGGACAAGUACACCUUCAGAUACUUCCACACUGGCUUCUGGGAGAGCUGUGAGAAACACGUUGAUGGUGAGAAGUGUCGCAGCUUUAUUGAGCUGACUCCUGGUGAAACACAAGGUGUGUUAUGGCUAUCGGUGAUAUCUGAGUUCACUUACAUCGGUCUAUUGGGAAUGGGCUUUCUGUUGAUGUGGCUGGAGUUGUUGUGUUCCCAUAAGGAGAUACACGCUCUCAAAAUCAACGCCUAUGCUGCCAUCUGCACCGUACUGUCAGGUCUGAUGGGGAUGGUGGCCCACAUGAUGUACACCACAGUGUUCCAGAUGACUGUCAUCGUUGGCCCUAAAGACUGGAGGCCUCAGACCUGGGACUACGGCUGGUCAUUCGCCCUGGCGUGGAUCUCCUUCAGCUGUUGUAUGGGAGCUGCAGUCUUCACCCUCAACUCUUACACCAAGACCAUCAUCGAGCUGCGCCACAAACAGAGGCUCCGAUUGGAGGAGGCUCGCACCGCCAGCCACGCCCCUCCCUACAAUGAGGUGGUCCCCGGGAGUGGGCUCUACUCUGUCAGCGGCCUAUUGCAGUGCCCAGACGGGAUGAUUGACGUGGCGUGGGCGCCUGAUGGGACCGUGAUGGGGGUGGGGAACGGGGAUGUACCAACUCUAGUGUUGCUAGGAGGGUGUGGGCCAGAGGGCUGUGAGGACUGUGAGAGAGAGAUGGAUGAGAUGGAGGAGGCCAUGGAGAGGGAAAGAGCUUAUUCGCCCUGUUAAUAAGUGAUGGGUGGGGCUAAAGAGAACAGAGGAGGACUAUGGGUAAUGUAGUCACUUUACAGGUACUGUAUAUGCACCUUGAGCUCUCAAGAUGGAAAGAGUAAGACAGCGUGAGACAGAGAAAGAGUGAGACAGAGAGACCGAGACCGAGAAAGAGUGAGACCGAGUGAGAAAGAGAAAGAGUGAGAAAGAGAAAGAGUGAGACUGAGAAAGAGUGAGACUGAGAAAGUGGGAGGGGAAUAGUUAUGACAUGAGAGAUAAGGAAUGCUGAUAUACUUCUCUUGCACUGCUUGUGGGGCAGAAGCAGAACUUGAUGGACAUGGGACACGGGAACUGUGUUGGCUGUAAGAGCUACAGUAUCCCCUCUUUGACAUUGAACAGAGAUCACCUUGACAUACAUGGUUCGGGCUAACGCUCCUCACAUUGUCAUUCAUUAAUACAAUAGUGCCUAAUGGUAAGGGAUUGUUAUACAGUACAUGUACACUACCGUUCAAAAGUU